GCCGGCAGUAGCCUGCACCAGAAAUGCUCCACAGCCAAACACCGCAUUAUCUCCCCUAAAGUAGAAGCAAAGACAGGAGCAGGGGCUGGGACAGGGACAGGGGCUCGGACAGGGACAGGGGCUGGGACAGAGGUGCAGAACAGUGAUGUGUCCGAGGGGCAGACAGAGCCCAGUCCUGGAGUGGGGGCCAGGAGCAGAGGAGGGGGGGAGAGGAGGAACGGUAGGCUGCCCAAACCCUCCCUGCUACCCCAGAGCAGCAUGGAAGUCUCCUCCACAUCCACCAAUCAGGUGGAGGUUCCCGACACCACACAGAGCUCCCCACUGUCAAUCACCAGCGACAUUACUGCCGACAGUCCCACCCUCGGCCUGGCCAGCAGCCUAUCACAGAGCUCUGCUGCCGUGUUCAUGUCUGAGGUUGCCACAGUAACAGGGGAUUCCAUGUACACCACAGAACAUGCCCACCUGAUUGGCUCCACCCAUGACGCCACCACCGCUGGGAUUCUACUGGCUGUUGCCCCAGACACCCAGCGCUUUGAGUUCCCAGGGGGGGUGGGGUUAGGAGAGGAAGGGGGGGAGUUGGUCCUCUCCAGCAGUCUGGACUCCGGAGGUUCUGGAGUCAACCUUCCUGAGACCAGCAUGAACUUUGACCCAGACUGCUUCCUCAACAACCCCAAGCAGGGCCAGACAUACGGGGGAGGAGGGGGUAAGGCCGAGGGAGGUAGCUGUAAUGGUGAGGGGGGACUCCGCUGCUCUUCACAGUCACUAACGGCUAACGGCUAUGUAUUCAACGCUGCUCUCGUAAACAUCAAGACCGAAGAUACCCCCCUGGAGCAGCCGCUGGCUAAUCAGAGCGGGUACGCUGACGAGGGGACGGGCCUGAGCCCUAGCACCACACUGGAGCAAAUGGACUUCAGUGCUGUGAUGUCAUCAGUCUGCGCCCAGAGCUUGGCACAGCAGAUACACCAACACUCCCCCAGUCUCUUCUUGCAGGCCUCCCCCCAGACCCCCCUCGCCCAGGCCACCCAGCCCCAGAUCUGUGCCUCUGAGACGGGCCAGGACUCAGGCGAGACCCAGGCUUAUCUGGGCCUACCUACUAUACCACAGACUGACUCUCCAGGCACCAACGGAGACCCUCACACACACCUCCACCAACCCUCCCCAGACCAACACGGCCAUAGUGAGGAAAGCGAUCAAGGGGGUCUAGGGCUGGGUAGCUUUCCUGUGAGGGGGCAGGAGAUGAGAAAAGACCAGCUUAGCACCAGAGGGCCUGGGAAGGUGAGGAGCCCAGAGAAAGAGCCACAGAAGAGGGCAGAGUUACUCCUCAAUCCUGGGGAACAGAGUGAGGCCUACAGAAACAACACUGGUGUUGGGAGAGGUGGAGAGCACUACCUACAGCCAACAACCAAGAGUGGGGGAGUAGAGGGAGCACAGGAAAUAGGAGGAGAGAAUGAUAUUUUCUGUAACGGGGUCAGGGAUGCAGGAGUUAACAGCUCAGUGGUGGACAGUCCUCGGUCUCUAGCUGGAGCAGCCAUGGAGGGGGGGUUGUACAGCUCUACUCUUCCCCAGCCGGGUGUAGGGGAGGCUGGGGGAGCUGAGGGGGCAGGCGGGGGCAUCAGCCUGGAAGGCUUUGAGGCAUCGUUUGGGAACCAGUUUUCUGACCUCAUCAAUGACUUCAUCUCUGUGGAGGGGGGUGGAGGUGGGGCGGUGGCCGGGACAGGAGGCAGUGCACUCUACACCCCUGCUCUGAUGCCCCAGGAGGUGGUUGGAGAGGGCCAGGGGGCAGGAGCAGCCCCCAUUCAGGGUUCAGAGGUGGAACAGGGAACUCUGAGAUUGCUGCCAGAGACGGGGAGGCUGUUUGGGGUGACGGACUACUCCCCCGAGUGGUCUUACCCAGAGGUGAGUCACUAGUACCUAACCCUUAACCUCUGACCCGCUAACUUCUGACCCCUUACCUUUCAAAGCCCAACUUCGUAUUCCCUAGCUUCUGAAUGGAUAUAUCACCCAAAGUAGCUACAUAGACAUAGGAGGUAGUGUAUAGAUUAUACUAGUAUACAUAAACUAUCAGCAACUGUCACCUAAACCAUAUAACUCAUAAGGCCAACGUCUGUCCGUACGCAGUAAGAGUCUGACGUAGAUCUGCUGAGCAAUUAAUGACCUGAGACACACACAUACACACACACACACUGUCUGUGGCUCAGCUUUGACGUCAGUUUCCAGUGGCAAGGGUGUAAGGGUCAGACUGAGACUAGGGAGAUGCUAAGAAAGAGAACAUACAGAGUGGCGUCAUCCCCUUGGACGCUUUGACACACACACAACAUCACUGCAUGUGUGUACACCUGUGUGUCUUUGUUUCAGGGUGGGGUGAAGGUGUUGAUAACAGGUCCCUGGCUGGAGGCCAGCAGUGAGUACAGCUGUCUGUUUGACCACAUCAGUGUCCCAGCUGCUCUCAUACAGCCAGGAGUACUGCGCUGCUACUGCCCAGGUAACACACACUCACACACACAUACAGAGACAUGCAUACACUCAGCUAUCUACUUUCUCAUGCACACACUAAUCCCAACCCGUGUGUGUGUCUUAGCCCAUGACACAGGUCUGGUGAUGCUGCAGGUGGCUAUGGGUGGGGAUGUGAUCUCUUCCUCU